GACAUGGCACUCGAUCGUGGAUCAACGACUGGCCUUUGCUAGCUCCGGGAGCCCUUAGGCUUCCACGCCCAUGUUACUUCCUGCAGAAUUUUGAUACUCCAUGUCCAGCACGGCCGCCAUAGACAUGUCUGCCAUCGACAAGCAGGUAGACAUCGUAGAGACGCCUCGCAUGGUCUCGGACUGGUAUCUCACCGACACACAUCAAGAAAAACUCUCUUUUUCUGCGGUCGCGCCGGUGGAUGUGCAAAUACGGCGGCUUUCGGUGGAGGUCCAUACUGGACGCCGUGGCUGGUUUGCAAAGAAUCAGAACUUGGACGAAGAAAAGGGUGUGUCGAAGGGUCUGUUGUCCCAGAUUGACGCGGAUUUUCCUCAUGCGAGCUUGACUGGGAUUAUUGGCAGCAGUGGUAGCGGCAAAACUACACUGUUGAAUGUCCUGUCGCGACGAAUGCAUGCCAGCAACCUUGCCGUACACGGGCACAUCCUAUACAACAACUCACCAUCUAUCUCCGACAUUACCCACGCCUAUGUUACUCAAACCGAUAUUCUUCUACCGACCCUAACCGUACGCGAAACCCUUAUGUAUGCGGCUGAUCUUCGUCUUCCGGCUUCAAUUACCAGUGUAAAACGGGCUCAACUCGUUGAAGAAAUCAUUCUUGAACUUGGACUGAAGGAAUGCGCCGACACUCCCGUCGGGGACGGAUUCCGUCGGAAAGGAUGCUCGGGUGGGGAACGAAGGCGAGUUAGCCUCGGCGUUCAGCUGCUCGGAAAUCCGUCCGUACUUUUUCUCGAUGAACCAACGACUGGGCUAGAUGCUACCAGCGCAUUUCAAUUGGUGAAGACGCUGCAAAGCAUGGCUAAGAAGGGCAGAACCAUCAUCAUGACGUUACACCAACCUCGUUCUGAGAUCUUCUUCAUGCUUGACAGGGUGACGCUGCUGGCGCAGGGACACACUCUUUACACUGGACCCAUCUCAGAUGCAGUCCCGUGGUUCGAGGGUCACUUGAACCCAAUUGACCAUCAUGUCAACCCCGCCAACUACCUCAUUGAUGCUGCAGCGAUCGACGUCCGGACCACAGAGACUGAGGAAGCAGCACGAGCUCGUGUCAACAGGCUCAUUAGCGCAUGGCACGAAGAGUCGGUUAAACGCUACCCGGAGGGACUUGCAAAACAAGAAACGGAGUCGACAACGACUUUGAUUCCUCGGUCUGCGGUACCUGAUCAUAACAAGGUGCCUGUAUCACGGACAGUGUUUACUCUGCUUUCGCGUACCCUAAAAACGAGUUAUCGAGACCCACUAGGGAUGACAACUUCAUGGAUCGAGGCGGUCUUAAUGGGUGUGGUUGUUGGGUUGGUAUUUUUACAGCUGCCGGAUUCGAUAGCUGGUAUUCGUUCACGGCAAGCAGCACUGUAUACUGCAGUCGGACUUCAAGGCUACUUGAUCGUCAUGUAUGAGGUUUAUCGUUUGACUGUUGUAGAAAUGCCUGUGUUCGAUCGGGAACAUGGCGAAGGGAUUGUUGGAGUUUUGCCCUGGAUUCUGAGCUAUCGCAUUGCCCACCUAUUAUUGGAGGACAUUAUUGUUCCAUUGGUUUUCUGCGCCAUAUCUUAUUUCAUGAUUGGAUUCGCGCCUUCGGCCUCGCGCUUCUUCUUCUACUUUGCGAUCGGCCUGCUCAAUCACUUUACUUCCGUAUCAUUUGCGGGGCUCUCGUCCGCUAUUUCUCGGAAUUUUGCCACUGCGACGCUAGUUGCAAACCUGGCAUUCACUGCCUAUACCUUCGCUUGCGGAUUUUUCAUACAAGGGAAUUCUAUACCUAUAUAUCUGCGCUGGAUCAAGUGGAUAUCGCAGUUGUUCUAUGCAUUUACUGCACUAGUUAAUAACGAAUUUAAGGGCCGAUUUUUUGAUUGUCCGUCUGGAGACGCACGGACAGAUCCCAACUGCAUCACCUAUCGUGGUGACUUUAUCAUCGAGUCUCUUGCUGUUCCGCGAAAGGACUGGACGACCAUUCCGGUCGUUGCUAUGCUUGGCUUCGCCAUUCUGUAUCUCAUCUUCCAAAUCCUCCUCUUGUUUGUGAUCAAGAUCAAUAUCACCGUCCUAGGAACCAAACGCACAGCCGAUGAACCCAAGCAAAAGAAUAUCAAAGUUAUCAGCCGGGCAGCUAAUGCGGUGGCUGGUGUAGAUAUAGAUCUUAUUGAUUACACGCUACACAUCCGCACACGGGGAGGGAAGAGCCGUACAGUCCUGCAAGGCAUCAAUACAUGCUUCGAAGCAGGCAAAGUCAACGUCAUCCUCGGUCCCUCAGGCAGUGGAAAAUCCUCAUUGCUGAACUUGAUGGCGCAACGACUCCAGUCGACUCUACGGACGACAUACGUCGCGGAGGGAGAUCUUGCGCUGAACGGAGUUGUUGCAAAUGGCGACGUUGUGCGCGUGCUUUGUUCAUAUGUGAUGCAGGAUGACGCGGCACUCCUUCCAUAUCUUACCGUUCGGGAGACGCUCCGAUUUGCUGCCGGGUUGCGACUGCCAAGUUGGAUGUCGAAGGAGGAGAAGAGGCAGAAGGCGGAUGAGGUGAUGCAUAAAAUGGGGUUGAAGGACUGUGCGGAUACGCUGGUCGGGACUGAGCUUUCGAAAGGUAUCUCGGGUGGGGAGAAGAGAAGGGUUAGUAUCGCCAUCCAGGUGCUCACGGAGCCUCAGGUGUUAAUGCUUGAUGAACCCACCUCAGGAUUGGACGUGUUCACAGCUGCAUCAAUCAUGGAUGUUCUGCGGCAGCUAGCGGAAGAAGGCCGGACGAUCAUUACAACCCUUCAUCAGAGCUCGUCCGAGUUAUUCAGGCAUUUCGGCAAUGUACUCCUUCUAACCAAGGGAGGGAGGGUGGCAUACUCGGGACCUGCAUGCGAUAUGCUAGAGUAUAUGGCGUCUGUUGGGUUCAAGUGCCCCUCGACAAUGAACCCAGCCGACUUUGCUUUGGAUGUAGUCUCUGUAGAUUUACGCGAGGCCGAGCAAGAGGAACUCAGCCGAGUCAAGGUGGAUAGGCUUGUUGAGGAAUUCCGAAAGCAGACACACAAGGUUGAAGAUCGGAAGAAAACAUCCGGGCUUUCUCUGGAUUUGAAGAAGUAUGAAAAGAAGAUGUCGCCGCUUACAACAUCGUUACCCAUACUUCUGAAGCGCGGAUAUCUGGCAUUUAUUCAUCAGAAAACAGUUCCGGAAGCGAGGUUUGGGAACGUUCUGGGGCUUGGGGUCGUUUCAAGUCUCUUUUUUUCUCCUAUUGGGCACAAUUACAUCAGCAUUCAGAAUCGCGUUGGCUGUAUCCAGGAGAUCCUCCCUUUGUAUUUUGUCGGAAUGCUGCAGAAUAUUGCAGUCUAUCCUGUUGAAAGGGAUAUUUUCUACAGGGAAUACGAUGAUGGAGCAUACUCUAUCGAGUCAUUCUUCAUCGCAUAUGUCCUAUUGGAAUUGCCUUGCGAGGUUCUAUCUUGCUUGAUAUUUUCCGCAUUAACGGCUAUCGCGACCGAUCUCCGGCGGACAGUCAGUAUGUUCUUGGUCGUAUCUCUGAAUGCGCUAUGCAUCGUCAACGCCGGGGAAUCACUCGGUAUCUUAUUCAAUACUUUACUCAACGAAAACACCGGGCUUGCGCUUAAUGUGACCAACGUGAUCUUAUCAGUCGCGAUGUUCAUGGCAGGUCUGAUGAGCUUGGAUAUGCCCGCGUUUCUGAAGGGGCUGAACAAGCUAUCACCCCUAGGCUAUGCGAUCCGAAAUAUCAUGCCAUACGCAUUCCGUGGGCAGGUAUUCUCAUGCGACGAUGAUCAACGGCUUGUCGAUGGCACUUGUGCCGUUAGUUCCGGGGAGCAGGUAUUAGAUAUGUUCGAGCUGGGAGGAAUCGAUGCGCAACUUAAUCUCGGUGCUAUUGUUGUUGCGAUGGUGCUAUAUCGUCUGCUAGCAUAUGUGGUAUUGAAAUUAGUGAAAGCAAGGUUUAAGGUGGAGAGACGGCGCAAGUCCAGAGCAUAGUUUACCCAGGCUGUAAUAUUAUAUACCUAAUCUUCUUAACAAUAACCGUGUUCUAAUGCCUCGCGAAGUAUGACGACUGAUCAGGUAUCAUAUAUCAGAGAUG